AUGACGUCAGCCGGGCUUACAGCAAUGCUCAAAGAAGACCGAGUGUUCUUCGCGAAGGAUUGCGAAAAUUGUGACGCGUUCUCAUGCGACUGUACUUUCGAUGGAUUCUUAAAGACGCUUCUCAGACGUAUCAGUGAAAGCGAUGAGCAUGUUCAAAUUCUGGUUUUAGUGGCCACCCGCAAGCUCGCAUUACAGAUUACCGAAUCGAUGAAGAAGUUUGCCAAACCUAUGUCUGUCAAGGUGCAUGCUUGCAUUGGAGAAACUUCUGUCAGUGAGGAGAAGUUGGCUUUAUCAAGUGCUCCUCACAUUAUCAUUGGUACUCCAGGCCGCGUGAAGCAUAUGAUUUCUUCAGAGUUUCUGGUACUCAGUGCUCUCGAUCUAUUUGUUAUGUACGAUUUCCGCCCAUUAUUGAGCAAGGAUAUGAGGGAAGCUGUGUCCUCAAUAGUAACUUCACUGCCUGAAGACAUCCAGAAAGGCAAAUGCGUCUGCACGAGUAGUAGGCCUCAUAGACAGCGAUUAAUGGAGCAGUUCUGUAAAGAAAUGUCUUUGUGCAACUUUUAUGGUGUGUCCGACAAUAAUAUACUACAGCGAGAUGUAUCCACACCCGUGUCGGGUAUUGACGAUGGCGGGAAAGCCAUGAAUAAUGGUAGAGAAGCCGUGAAUUGCGAAGAACCUUUGGAAGACGAAUCAAAUCAGACGAAUUCUUUUGCUCAUAUUCGUCAGAUCAUGGCCGCUGUACAGAGCGUGGAUGUGGAGAGAAAAACUAUACAAGUGCUUGUGAUUGCUCCCAAAGUAGAGGAAGUCAAACAGAUUUCUGAAGAGCUGCGAGAUUCUCUCUCAAGCUCAAAAAUUUUGAUAUACUGUUGCUGUGGACAGACCAGUCGGAGAGGUGAUAGAUUUGUCUUGAGUAAUGGCGUUCAUGUCCUUAUAGCGCCACCUAAGCGAGCACGUUAUUUACUGAGACGCGAAUGCAUCUAUACGGACAGCAUACGAGUUUUGGUAAUGGUAAAGGCGGACGACCUCUUUUGCACUGGUUAUAAAACUCUACUGCACGGUAUAAUUCAGUCUAUGCCUGAAAGUGUUCAGAAAGUAUUCGCAAUGGAGCCGAACAAACUCAACAACAAGAAAGACGGAUGGUACGACAAGAGACAGCCAAGGUAUAAGUGGCGCUAUUUCAAAAGUCUCAUUUUCCUCUUUUUGGCCGUUAACGUCGAAGUCGCUGAUGCCCAAUAUCUCGAAAAACAGUACCAGCAACAACAACCCAUCGUACUCCAGCCAUCCAUGAAAUGUGAUUGUCCCACUUUCGGGUACAGACUGAUGAAGCAGAAUCAGGAAAUCGACAACAACAUCCGCCAGAAUCCGGCGCAGAUUCCCAACAUUCCCGCAUUCUACCGCCAGGAUAUCCCUGCGCUGAUGGCACGUCCAGCUAACCCGUUCUUGAAUUAAAGCACCUGAACGAAGGCGACGUAUCUUCACUUCAUCUCUACCUUUGUCACACUUUUAUUUUUGCUAAUUGUUUUUUCAUUUUCACCAUUUUGAAGCUUUCAAAAAGCACAUUUUUUUCGCCACACUUUUUGAAUCGAAAUUGCUGUAUCGUUCGAAAAACUUGAAUUUUGAGAUUUUUUUUGUUCACAUACUGAUCUCUUUAACACGUCUGCAGCACUAGCUGCCCAAAGCUGAGAAUUUUUUGCUAUGGAUCUCAUUAACACGGACCUCAGCACAUUCCUUUACAUUCCUUUGCUCAUUUCAGUCGUCAAAAUGCCUUUUGUGUCACGUGUAUGUUGCCUUAAUAAACACUUAUGCUGGAAAA